AUGCGGCUGUUGAAGCAGAAGAAUCUCACAUUACAAGCAGCACUAGAAGAAUGUAAGGCCAGUGAGACAACGAAUAAGCAACUCAAGGCCAUGCAGAGCAAUGGGGCAGAGACCGUGCAUUAUGCCAAGACAAGGCCAAGUCGAAGCCAAGGCCAAGCCAAGACGAAGUUUAAGCAGCCACACAGAAGGACGCAGAUGCCAGAAGCCAACUGUGGUUACUGUGGAAAAUACCAUGCUAAAGACAAGAGUAAAUGCCCAGCAUUUGGAAAGAAAUGCGCGAAGUGUGAUAAGCCCAACCACUUCGCCAGAGUUUGCAAAGCAGGCAGCAAGAAGAUACACAUGAUACAAGGCAACGUGGCAGAAGAGGACGAAGAAGUGUACACUCCACUUGCAAUUGUGAUCAGCGAAGCUGACUUCAAGAAGUAUGGACAGAGGACGACGCCAAGCAGGGCAAGACUGAAGCUGUACGACGGUUCUAUCCUGAAGCCAGUGGGCCAAGGAGUCCUGAAGACGAUACAUCAAAGCAAGGUCAUUGACCUGGAGUUCCAGAUUGUCAAGACACGUCAGAGUCCUCUACUAUCAGCUGAAACAUGCACCAUGUUAGGACUGAUCACCCUCAACACGGUCAACCAUGUCAGCACCACAGAACAGAUAGUAGAGAAAUACACCGAUGUCUUUGAAGGAUUGGGAUGCCUACCUGGAGAGUAUCACAUAGAGAUUGACAAGGAUGUCAAGCCAGUCCAACAUCUACCCAGACGCGUACCAGUUCCUCUGAAAGCACAACUAAAAGCGAAGAUCGAAGAAUUAGAGAGGAAGAACGUGAUCGCCAGAGUCACAAAACCUACAGAUUGGAUCUCCAGUAUGGUGGUAGUCAAAAAGCCAGGGAAGAUGAGGAUCUGCUUAGAUCCCAAGGAUCUCAACAUGGCACUCCACCGACCAAAGUAUCAGAUACCAACACUAGAAGAAGUACUGCCAAGGCUGGCCAAGGCCAAAGUGUUCUCAGUACUCGAUGCCAAAGACGGAUUUUGGCAAGUCAAAUUAGAUGAAGAAAGCAGCUACCUCACGACGUUUUGGACGCCAUUUGGGAGAUUCCGAUGGCUGAGAAUGCCCUUUGGGAUUUCAACGGCUCCAGAGGAAUACCAGAGAAGACAGCACGAAGUGCUAGAAGGUCUCCAAGGUGUAGAUGUCAUAGCAGACGACAUCCUAGUGUUUGGUUGUGGCGACACAGACGAAGAAGCCGACCGAGACCAUGACGUGAACCUUAGCCGACUGCUCGAGCGAGCACGAGAGAGCAAUCUCAAACUGAACAAGAGGAAGAUGAGACUAAAACUGAAGCAAGUACCCUACAUGGGACAGCUCCUCACAGCAAGAGGCCUGCGACCAGACCCAGAGAAGGUUAAGGCCAUUGUGGAAAUGCCAACGCCUGACGAUGUCAGAGCUGUACAACGACUGCUUGCAGUGGAAGAGAUCAAGAAGCUGGUGACAGCACAGCCAGUACUACAAUACUACGACGUAGAGAAAGAGGUGACCAUACAGGGAGAUGCAAGCGACAAGGGACUUGGAGCGGCGCUCCUGCAGGAAGGACGCCCGGUAGCGUAUGCUUCGCGAGCUCUAACCCCGACAGAACAGAACUAUGCGCAGAUAGAGAAAGAGUGCUUAGCAAUUGUCUUUGCAGCACAGAAGUUCAACCAGUACAUCCACGGCCGAGAAGUGGUAACUGUACAAUCAGAUCACAAGCCUUUGGAAGUGAUCUUCAAGAAGCCUCUCCUUGACGCACCGAAGAGGUUGCAACGAAUGCUCCUGCGUCUGCAGAAAUAUCACCUGAAGGUUAUCUACCGCAAAGGAACAGAGAUGCACAUAGCUGACACGCUAUCAAGAGCAUACCUGACGCAGACAGAGAGCAAGACGAGACGAGACGAGUAUGAGAUACUCAAGAUCCAAGAAGCAAAGAGAGAGGAUCGAGAAAUUGAAGAAGUGAAACCCGCUGAGUACAUCCGAGUGUCCGAUAUGACGUUAGACCGUGUGCGUCUACACACUCAGCGAGAUGAAGUCAUGCAAGAAUUGAAGAAGACCAUCAAGAAGGGAUGGCCAGACAAUAAAACGCAGCUGAAGAAAGAAAUCCGAGACUACUGGACCUUCAGAGAUGAAAUCAGCAUGCACGAUGACAUCAUAUACAAGGGACAAGCGAUAGUCAUCCCAGCAGAGCUGCGAGAAGAGAUGAUACAGAAGACACAUGCCAGCCACCAAGGAGCAGAAGCAUGUAUCAGACGAGCCAGAGAAACCAUAUUCUGGCCAGGGAUGAGUGCACAACUGCGAGAAAGAAUCGGAAGAUGUGACGUCUGCAAGACCUAUCAGCCGAAGCAGCAGAGGGAACCGCUCAUGCCGCAUCCAACUCCAACGACGCCAUGGAGCAGAGUGUCGAUGGACCUGAUGACACUGGGAAACCAACACUACCUGGUAACAGUGGAUAACUACUCAGACUACUGGGAGCUAGACGAGCUACACCAGAAUACCACAGCCAGGAAUGUGAUACACAAAUGCAAGCAGAACUUCAGCAGACAUGGAAUACCCAUGGAAGUUGUUACCGACAACGGACCCCAGUUUGCAUCAGAAGAGUUCAAGGAAUUCGCAAAGACCUGGAACUUCAGACAUGUAACAACUUCCCCGUACCACAGCCAAUCAAAUGGAAAGGCUGAAUCAGCAGUAAAAAUAGCCAAGAACCUGUUGAAAAAGGCAGCGGCAGAUGGAAAAGAUCCCUGGAUCUCCAUCUUAGGAUGGCGGAAUACGCCAACACAGGGACAGGACAGUAGCCCAGCACAAAGGCUCAUGUCCAGGAGAACGAGAACACCAGUACCAAUAAUGACAAAAGCACUGGAGCCAAAGGUGGUACAGGACGUACCCCACAGCAUCACAGAGAGAAAAGCCCGAACAAAGAGGCGCUACGACGAGGGAGCACGAAGUCUUCCACCACUGCAGCCGGGACAGCAGGUGCGAGUAGAAGUGGCACCAAACCGGAAAACGGCCGAGUGGAGGAGUGGCACACUUGUAGAGCGUGUGUCGCCGAGAUCGUACGAAGUAGAAGUCGACGGAGCCAAGUACAGGAGAAACCGAAAGCACAUCCGCGAAACGACAGAAGAACCAAAACCUUCAACAGAUGAGGAAACAACAGCUCCAGCAACAGCAGAGUCGACAGCCGAUACAACAACAACAACGCCAACACCGUACGUCACGCGAUCCGGUCGAACGGUCAAGGAACCAGAUCGUUUGAACUUGUGA